GUGUUGCAAGUUGCAGUGAUCCGUCGCAGACAUCGCAGUCCGUUGAUCUUAUUGUUAGAUGUAAUAUUUACGUUUAAAAAUAACUUCUCGCGAUAAGGACGGCUGUUCGGUAAAAAAAGAAAAGGAAGACGAGAGAUCUCCACGCGUAGGAGUCCCAGCGUGAAUUUAAGGGAGACAUCUGGACCGCGGACGAUGACGUCGAAUUUCGAUAAGGUCAUCAGCGGGACAUCGGCGACGGAGGCCCGCACGCUCAAGAUUCUAUGCGUGGGACGCAUCUGUCUCGACAUCAUUCAAACGUGCGUGCAAUAUCCUUCGGAGGAUUCCACUCAAAGAUCCACCGAUUACAGAUGGCAAAGGGGGGGCAAUGCGUCCAAUACUUGCACCGUGCUAUCAUUAAUAGGACAGCCGUGUGAGUUACUGGCUUGCUUGAGCGCAGAUGCAAAUGUUAGUUUUAUGCAAAAUGAUCUGCGAAAAUAUAAAAUUGACUAUUCCCAUUGCCCUAUGAUAAAAGGCAGUGGAUGUCCUGUCGCGACUAUCAUAUUGAAUUCAAGCAAUGGAUCACGCACAAUUGUAUAUCACAAUCAAGGCUUACCCGAUUUGACACUAGAAAUUUUCGAACAACUUAAUUUAGAGGAAUAUAGUUGGAUUCAUUUUGAGGGAAGGAAUACAGAUGUAGUGCUACUUGUUAUUCAAUAUAUACAGAGCUAUAAUAAAUCAUUAAAUAGUACGUCUGAUCGCAUGCCAAUUACGAUUAGCGCAGAAUUCGAAAAUCCCAGUUUAGAAUUAAUGGAUCUAUUGCCGUACGUUGACGUGGCAUUUGUAUCAAAAGAUUUCGUUAAGAAUCUGGGUUUUAAUAAUAUGAGCGAAGUAAUACACAACAUCGAUCAAGACAUCAAAAAUGCCAUUAUUUGUGCUUGGGCAGAAGAAGGUGCGAUCGCUCGUGCACCGUGUGGCACAAUAGUACAAUCGCCAGCUUUCCCACCAGAAAAAGUAAUCGACACUUUAGGUGCGGGUGAUACAUUCAAUGCAGCUGUUAUAUAUUAUUUGAACAAAAGCAAAAUUGAGUUUAUGCGCAAAUAUAAAGAAGAGGCAGCUUCCACGAGUGAUACCAAUCAAACAGAGGAUAAUGUCUCCGAUAAUGGCACUGCAGUUAAACGAGAUAUUGAGGAAAAUUUAGAUCCGGAAAGUUUGGGAUAUGAUAGACUGAAAUUUAUUACUGAAACAGUUCUUCAAAAGGCUAUCAAAAUUGGUUGCCGUAUUGCUGGUGCAAAAGUAGGAUUAAGGGGAUACGAUAAUCUUGAUGUAAUUUCCAGUGACAUUUUAUAACAGGACUUUUAGAACAUUAGAAUACGUUCAUAUAAAUUUGUUAUCGCGGUGCUUUAAAUAAGAACAAUAAUAAUAAUAUAAUUUAUACA